AUGCUUCCUCAAAGGGCAGCUGUGAGCACGCUGGGUUACAGCUCAGACUGCGUGAAGAUGGAGUCGAGUGGCAGCGGCCCGAUGGGUGGCACCUUACUCAGGGGUUCCCGCUCUAAGGCAGAGCUACAGGAACUGAUGGAGACGCUGCAGCGCAGGAAGAGCGCCCUAGAGGCCAGUCUGCGGGCAGCUGAGUGCAGCCGCAAGUAUUUCAACAUGCCUUCCUCUGGAGGACCCCAGCCUAAGCGGCCGCUGUCCAUCAACACUGAACAUCAGCUAUCGUCCUCGAGAAACUUCUCUUUCAUGAGCAGCAGUGUGCCCCCGUCCCCUCGCCAGGGUGAUCGACAGUUUAGCCCCAACGGCUUACUGCGCCACCCCAACGCUCGCCACCAGUCGCAAGACAGUCUGCUCCACACUAUAGACGGAAGUUCUCCCAUUUCCUCUUAUGGAGACCCUCUACCUCGUUCUCCCAGAGUCAAGAGCGGCACAGCCAGUGUGCCGUCCAGCCCCCGAUUGGGCCGUAGACUCUACUCGCACGGUAAAGCCAUAAGCGAUUCCAGGCAAAGAAAAUACUCGACGGGUUCCCUCAACAGUCUGGGCAUGCACAGUCGUUCUCUACCCCGCCUCCACAAUCCGGCAGAUCCUCCUAUUCUAUCGCUGCCGCCUCAUCUCCAGAGAGCAGGGCGCUCGGCGGUGGCUCGGCGAAGUCUCUCCUCCCUUGAACAACCACCGGAUGUGACGGUACCUGCUAGCAUGCCUAAUACUCCCCGGAGGGCCAGUCUGGCCUCUUUGAGCUCCCUCGGGGUUGACGUAGAUGGACCGAGUUUAGAUGUGAGCUUUGGAGAGCGAAGGUUAUCGUUUGGGAAAGGAGGCCUGAGUCCUGGACAAAGGGUGGGCAGCAUCACUUCUUUAAAUGGUAAAGAGGAGUUAAGGGACUAUCACCAGCACCAAAGAGACGAGAGACUCAGGGAGCAGAAAGUGCACAAAUUGGAGAACCAACGGCUGGAAACUAUCAUGAACCUGUGUACGGAGUUUGCACAGGUAGAGCCUGCAGCUUCAGCAGUUUCAGACCUGCAGAAGAUCAAUAAGGAGUUGGAGAAGCUGCAGGUGUCAGAUGACGAGUCGGUUUUCACCGACUCUCCUGGCAGCGCAGCUCCAGACGGCAGCUUUGGCAGUAGUCGUCAGCAAAACGCUUACCGAGAGCUUCAUUCGCCAGCUCUGAGCCUUAACAGCAGCGCUCCCUCGCCCUCCAGCCACCACAGAGCUAAGGUGUUGGAGAGUGUGCAGCUGAAGCAGGAAGUAACACACAUUGAAGAGGAAAGGAUCCAGGUGGUGAACAACAUUGAGGAGCUGGAGCAGAAGAUUAAAGACCUGGACAACCAGAUGGAGGAAUCUGUGAGAGAGAUGGAGGUUGAGUGUGCAUUACUUGAAGGGGAACAAGAAUCAGAGAUGGCUCAGCUGGAGAAAGAAAAUGACCUCUUGGUGCAACUUAAAGAAAAUAUUCACAAUACUGAGAAGAUUAGCCACACAGAGAAAGCGCAGGAAGCAGAGGAGCAAGGGAAAAGUUUGGAAGAAUUGGAGUUUCAGAAAUUGGAGAGAGAGAUUGACCAAGAUGAGGAGAAGGAAAAUCAGUGUCAGUUACUGAGAGAAAUUGCUGACUGUCAGCGCCUCACUAUCACACGCAAGGAGAGACUUGCAACACUGAAGAAGCAGUCUUCCCAGAUUACUUUACAAUCCCAGCAGGAAAGAGAAGACUUUGAGAGGGAAAAAAACAAUCUGCUCAUCAUGCUGCAGAAGGAAAGAGACAAGCUGGCGUCUUUGGACGGAAAGUAUGCAGAGCUGUCUGAGAAGCAGAACUUAGCUAACAGCCAUGGAGCCAUCAAAGAGCAAAUACACUCCACCAAGGAAAGGAGGAGAAGCGGAAAAGAAAACUCCAUCGUCCAUCUGAGCGACAACGGAAGCGCUAAGAGGAACCAGCAGCCGCUCUCUCCCUACGGCCGAUCUCUAGGACGCACCCUGCCGCCUAAGGCCCAUCUGCCAUUGUCGCAAAGCUCCAGCUGUGGCAGCGUCAUCCCGCAAGGUCUCAGCUUCGCCUCUCGAGACCUGAACUCUCGCCGCCUGCCAAAAACAGGCAACAGCCACACACACGUGAAUGACGGCGUACACCCUCGACAAAGAAAAAGUGACUUUUGCAGCCGGUUGCUCUCCGAGCCCAACGUUUUCCUGGAGUCUUUAUCGUACCCUGACAACAACCAGGCCUCUGACACGGUCAGCGUGGACAGCUCUGACAGCAUGGAGACCAGCUUCUCCGCAUGUUCUCCAGAUAACAUCUCCAGCGCCAGUAUGACCAAUAUGGCCAAGCUCGAGGAGAUGGAGCGUUUACUCAGAGAGGCGCAGGUGGAAAAGCUUCGACUGCUUGAGCACAGGGAACGUGAGAUGGAAAUACGACGGCACGCUCUGGAGGAGGAGCGAAGACGAAGGGAGGAACUGGAGAAACGACUGCAGGAGGAGACCAACAGGAGGCAGAAACUUGUGGAGAGGGAGGUGAAACUCAGGGAGAAACAAAGAUCACAGUCCCGACUCCUGACACGCUACUUGCCCAUGAGGAAAGACGACUUUGACCUCCACUGCCAUAUUGAAGCAGCAGGGCACAAUCCGGACGCUUGUUUCCAUCUGGCCAUCACAGACAAAACGUGCAGAGGCUUCCUUGUAAAAAUGGGAGGCAAAAUAAAGACAUGGAAGAAACGCUGGUUUGUGUUUGACCAGAAUCGCAGGACGCUCACUUACUAUGCAGACAAACAUGAAACCAAGAUGAAAGGAGUCAUUUACUUCCAAGCCAUAGAGGAGGUCUACUACGAUCAUUUGAAGAAUGCGCACAAAAGUCCUAACCCCUCGCUGACCUUCAGUGUGAAGACACAUGAUCGGGUCUACUACAUGGUGGCCCCGUCUCCUGAAGCCAUGCGUAUCUGGAUGGAUGUUAUUGUGACAGGCGCUGAGGGACACAUGCACUUCAUGGUGUAA